UAUAAGUAAAAAUAUAGAGAAAAUAAUAAAUGAUUUUUCAAAAGUGUUAGACCCUAACUAAAUAUUAAAAAAACGUGAUUAAUCCACCUAGCAGUGAGAUGGUACCUUUUUUUUUAUCAAUCCGCAUGUGUUUUUUGCAUGUAUAUUCUUCGGUGUUUUAGUUCUCAUGACAUUAUUUUAAUGACCGUUAUUUCAAGCGGCAAUUUAAAGUUCUAUUCAUUCGUUACCCUGUAAUGUCGAAACUGCAAAUCGUAUCGAAUUUCAAUCUUAACGUGUGACAAUCGAUUGAACAUUCCAUGAGAUGUCGAAGUAAGUUCCACUUUAGAGUUUUUCGUCAUUAUUUAUGGUACUUCCAGAGCCAGUAUUCAGGAACUAGCAUAACCCAAAAUGAUUCGAAUGGCCGCCAAACAAUUUACAUCUUCUAUAUCGGUAUGAAUUUUUAAAACUCAUCAUCUGUAAUUCCAGAAUCGGAUAAAAUUCACUAAUUUUGUAUGGGACCUUUAGUAUUUUAAUUUGAAUUUUUGUUUUUGAAGUUCGAUUUGGCCUUUUUGAAAAAAUGAUUGAGCUUUGAGAAACGAUUCGAUACUGGAACCGGAGUUCUAAAAUCGGUGUAGCCGAAAUCAGUUAAAUUCACCUGAGUGUGUAGACAUCUUUGAGAAAUUGUAGUGCGAAAUAAAUUUUUGGGUACCUCUCGAAUCGAAAACUGAAUCCCGCUUAAACUGAAAUAAAUUUAUUUCGCAAUCGACUAUCCAAAUCAGCAAACCCGAUAAACCUGAUUAAUUUAUGUGAAAUGGACAUUUUUAUACUAAUCACCCUGUAUCUCCUAAACCAGAAAUCGGAUCUGACUAAAUUUUAUAGGAUUUUAAGACCUCUCAUUUGAAUCAUAGAUGAUUCUUAGAUUUAAUUUGAAUCUUAGAUCGGUUCAGCCAUCUACGAGAAAAAUGAAUUGCAUUAUUUUAAUUUCGUUUCAUAUAUCAUCCUGUGGUUCCGCAAUCAGUAGUCGGAUCUAAACGUAAUUCAGGAAUCUUGUUUGGGAGUAUACUACUUUUCAUAUGAAUCUGAGUUUGUAGUAAACAGUUUAGCCAUCUCCGAGAAAAUUAAGUGAAAUUAUUUGUCACACACGCAUUUGCUGAUCUCGACGAACUGAGUCGCAUGGUAUAUGGAAGUUAUGUUUUUCCAGCUUUUAUUGCUGUAAGUAGUAAAUUAUAUUAUGGAAUUGCUUUCAACUCGAAAAUGCUGAUAUCAUCUGGUUUACACAUGCCAUAUUCGAACGAUUAUGUUGCCAAAAACGAACCGUUCUAAAAUCGGUCCAAGGCAAAUUGUCAUGAAAAAGGAUACUGUACACAGUCUUUUUGAUUGGUAUCUACCAGAGCUCUCGGUUGUACGAUCGUCUAAUUAGCUGCUGAGAACGAUUAGCACCUUUCAACUAAGCAUUUUCCGCGAGUUUUCUAGUUUGUGUAAUACUAUAACCGGAUUGUAGUUUUCUCGCAUCUUCAUUGUCGUUUGAAAAAAAAAAGCCUGUCAUUUUGCAUUUUAUGCCCCGUACAUUCCAAGGCCUGGUAAAAAUCAUGAACCCGACACCUCAGUAAAGCUUUAAUUGGAGGAUAAAGAUCACACGGCAGUUACGCGACAAAUUCCUAUCCAUGGCAAUUGUAGUGCUCUGCUAGGUUACCCGUGGAUAGCUUUUGUCAUCGGAAGUUAAUUGCGUUAGACGGGCAGCAGUUUGAGAUUUGCCACGUGCCGGUCCACCGCUCCGCACCGCCGGUUACUUUGUAGUGCUGUAGUAAGUUUGUGGGUUGUGCGAUUUGUAGUGUAGAUUUUGCGCUGUCGAGUAUCGAUCGGUGUAGCGCAGGUUUGAUAGUGUUAAACGUUGAAAGACCCAAGCCCAAUCAUGGAUAUUACUUUUGACAACAUACGCUAUACCGUUUCGAUGGGGAAAAAAGAAAAGAAGUCCGUUCUCAAAGGCGUUACCGGAAAAUUCAACUCAGGCGAACUGACGGCGAUAAUGGGUCCUUCCGGGGCCGGUAAAUCUUCGCUAUUGAAUAUUCUCACCGGAUACACAAAAACUGGCGUCAAAGGGUCACUCAACAUCGGCAACACCGUCGAGGGCAAUAAAUUGUGCAGCUAUAUCCUGCAGGAGGAUAAUCUCCAUCCGUUCUUCACUGUCCAUGAGAUAAUGACCAUGGCGUGUGAUUUGAAAAUAUCGUCACGAUGCUUGAAACAAGACGACAAACUGCGAUUGAUUGACAACAUCCUCGAUACUUUGCAUCUCAAGUUUACAAAACAGACACGCUGCGGAAAUCUCUCCGGCGGACAGAAGAAACGCCUAUCAAUCGCGUUGGAGCUUAUCGAUAAUCCGCCGGUUCUUUUCCUGGAUGAGCCAACAACUGGUCUGGACAGCUCUUCCUCGCUAUACACCAUCAAACUGCUGCAAAGGUUGGCACGUGAAGGUCGUACAAUCGUUUGCACCAUCCAUCAGCCAUCUGCCACGGUGUACGAGAUGUUCGAUCAUGUGUACGUGCUUGCCGAAGGGAACUGCGUCUAUCAAGGUUCGGCAUUCAAUACCGUCCCAUAUCUACGCUCCGUCGGUCUUCAGUGUCCCCAGUACCACAACGCCGCCGACUACUUGCUGGAGGUAGCGAACAAAGAGUAUGGCAAUUUCAUUAACGCACUGGCGAAAGCGGCCAUCGAGUGUCACUGGCGGAAGCCGGAACCGUGUAUCGCCGCGCCAACCUCACCGCUCUACCUGUCAUACGAUAAAAAUCACAACGGAGCUCCGGUGUACAACAGCACCGUGAUCAGCAGCGUCGGGGAUGAUUUCUGCAGCAAACAAUUCCCGCAGCACCGGUUACGAAAGCCGAACGAAUUUGCCAAACUGUUGAUUCUUAUGAGGCGAUGCAACGUUCAGCUCUACCGCGAUUGGACAGUGACUCAUUUGAAGCUAUUCUUUCACGUAGUUUGUGCCGUCGUGGUUGGGCUGCUGUUUGGCGACUCCGGUAUCAACGGCACGAAAAGUGUGUCCAACGUCGCCUCUUUCCUGGUUCACAUUUUGUAUCUGUGGUACACAACUCUGAUGCCAGGGGUACUGAAAUUUCCGUCCGAAAUGAAGAUUUUACGUAAAGAAUCGUUCAAUAAUUGGUACAAAAUUAGAACAUACUUUAUAGCAACUAUGCUUACGAGUCUCCCUGUGCAGAUCUUUUUCUCUAUCGUGUACAGUACGAUAGUAUUCACGCUUACUUCACAGCCGCUGGAAUCCGACCGGUUUUUGAUGUUCCUGGCGGUGCUGAUACUAACCACAAUCGUUGCCGACGGAUAUGGCAUCUUUCUGGGAACAUUCCUUAAUCAAAUUAACGGGACAUUCAUCGGUGCUAUCACGACCUGCUACAAGCUGGUAUUUUGCGGUUUUCUUAUCAUGUUCAGUCACAUGUCAGAGCUGAUGAAAGCUUUUAGCUAUUUGUCAACAUUGCGGUACGGACUGGAGGGACUGGUACUGGCGAUGUACGACAAUGGCCGUUCCAACAUGGUCUGCCCGGAGGAGGAAUUGUACUGUCAUUACGUAAAGGCAUCAACGAUCCUGAAGGACCUCGGAAUGACCCCGGAAAAUUAUUUCUUCAAUAUCGUGAUGCUGAUGGUACAGUUUGUAGCUAUAAAGCUGAUCGGGUAUUGGUCGCUGCAAAAGAAACUGAGCUGCGGUUGAAUACUGGUGCCAUGGCAACUUUCUUCAGGUCCUAAUGGAGGUUUUUUGCCAAAUAUCAUCCUUGCCACAAGAAAAAAAAACAAACACUAGCUUUAGUGAAGAAAUAUUAGAUGUACAACGAUGCGUUGUGGUUUAGGUUGUAACAAUUUACACUUUCUACGAGGUAUUUAGAUGAAUACUUAUGCUUAGUGAAUAUCACACACGAAAAUAUAGCAUGAAAAUCGUGAACCGCAAAAACAAAGUAAACAAAUGUGAUGCACGAUUUUGAAGCCAAACGUUUUUACUAUUAACAAUAAUGUAUCGAACACGAAUUUAACGACACUUUGAAAUUAACAGUACAAGCUAUAAAAUUGUGACGAAGGAAAACAAGUGCACUUACCUAUUUUUAGUAAAUUAUGAUUAGUUUUAAAUUGAAAAUGUGAUAAUUGCAGUCGAAUGUACUUCAAGUAUACAUGUACAAGUCUAAUAAAAGUUUAUGGGACAAUUUGAA